AUGGCUUUCUCUUGGUUUCGCCUAGCUGUGCCGCUUUGUUUUGCGAUUUUAUCGGUUAUUGUCGCUAUCAUUGGACACCAUCAGGCCAUGCCGCCUCCUCUGCCCGCCGCCCUUGGUGUGUGCACUCUGGCCGGGAUGGCUCUCAUUUGGAGGGACAUUAGCUCGAAAAUGAAAGGUGAAAACCGGACGUGGAGCGGUCUACUCAGUCAGUAUCUGGCGUUGAAGGGAAUGGGCUGGCUGGGCAGGCGACAGAGAAAGAAACUUGAGGCCGAUACACUCAACGUGAAGCGGGUCCAAGAGGAAACUCUGCUGAAGCGCCUGCACAAACACGCAAACACAUGUUAUGGAAAACAGUAUGACUUCAACUCAAUACAAGACAGUGAUGGCUUCCGGGCGUGUCACCCCAUCACCACAUACGAGCACUACCGGGAGCUCAUCAGUCGCAUCGCGGCAGGAGAGGAGAAGGUGAUCAUUGCUGAGAAGCCGCUCAUCUUAGCCAUGACCUCUGGGACGUCGGGAGCCAGCGCCAUGCUGCUCAGCACCAGAGACACCAACUCUGAGUUCUUCCUGCAGGGAGUGACUGUGUGCUUGGAUGCCAUGGGAGGAGCAUUUCCUGCGACCGACAGUCUACAGCGCACCACCAAGUUCUUCUAUUCACCUACCUUUCGCCAGUCUGAGGCCGGUAUUCCCAUCGGACCAAACUCCUCCACACCAGCCUCCUCGCGUCACAUGCUCAACCUCUACACCACCCCAGCACCCGCCUUUGAGGUUCCCAGUGAGAAAGACACCCUCUACCUGCAUCUCCUGUUUGCUCUCAAAGAUCCCAGCGUGGGAACACUGGAGUCCAACUUUGCUUCCACAGUCUUCUAUGCUUUCAGCGCUUUACAAGAUCGCUGGCAGGAGCUUGUUGAGGACAUUGAACGAGGGAAGGUCAGCAGUGCUUUGGCCCUGGAGCCCAAAGUGAGGCGCAGGCUCGAGGCUCUGAUGAAGCCAGACCCAGAGAGAGCCGCUCAGCUCCGGGCCCACUUCCAAGACGGCUUCCGUGGGAUCGCCAGGCGGCUGUGGCCUCACCUCCACCUAGUGCUGGCAGUGGACUCGGGCUCCAAUCAGAUCUAUGGGGAAAUGCUGAGGGAGAACUACUGCCAGGGAGUGCCUUUCUAUUCGCCUUUCUACGCUGCUACUGAAGGUCUAAUAGGGGUGAACCUGUGGCCCCAGGAGCCAAACAGACACUACAUGCUGUGUCCUCGUUCAAUGUUCUGUGAGUUCCUGCCAGAGAGCAGCCUGGAGGAGGAGACGCCUCGCACUCUGCUGAUGGAGGAGGUGAAGAAGGGACACAACUAUGAGCUCGUCAUCACAAACGCCUCUGGACUGUUCAGAUAUCGCAUUGGUGACAUUGUGAAAGUAGUUGGAUUCCACAACCAGUGUCCCAUAGUUGAGUUUCAGUACAGACGGGGUCAAAUGUUGAGUGUUCGAGGGGAGAAAGUGUCUGAGGCAUUGUUCCUUAACGCUUUGAAGAAAGCUGUUGCUCAGUGGCCGGGAGCUCAGCUGCUCGACUACUGCUGCGCUGAGAGCGGCAUCAUGGGAGAUUCAAUAGGCGGCUCAGACCCUCAUUACCAGGUCUUUAUCGAGCUGAAAGGUGUGAGAAACCUCACAGAGAAACAGCGAUACAAGUUGGACAUCUGUCUCCAGGAAGACUCGGCGGUCUACAAGUCUUUCCGUAUCAAAGGCAGCAUCGGACCAAUGAGGGUGCAGCUGGUGGCGGAGGGUGCGUUCAAAGAACUUCGCAAUCACAUGAUGGCCUUCUCGAGCACCUCACCCAACACCUUCAAAAUGCAACGAGUGCUGCGUAGGAAAGAGUUUGCUGACUUCCUCUUGGGAAAGACCAUCUCCUGAAACUUCCUGUUGUUGUGGAGAACAACACAAAGCUUGUGGACUCUGACUGUGGUGAGCGCUGACUGAAUGAAAUCUUUUUUUUUAAAUAAUUAAUGUGGUGAUUAAUUGUGCCUUUGGGAACUCCUAAACACAAAACAUUUUUUUUUUUUACUUUUGACAAUUAAAAAUGAUAAUCUGACGGUUUUUAUUUUCUCAUUUAAACAUUAAACAUAUUUAUAAUUGCAUUAAAGUGAACUACAACUAAACUGUUAUUGUAGUAUUGUUUAAUUCCAUAAAAACACAAUUUAAAUGUUCUCUUUAUCUUAUUAUUGUGUUGCCUUAAUAUUACUGGUCUGAUAAUCUUGAGGGAAAAGUGUUUUAAUAUACAUUUAAUGGAGAAAUGUUUUUUAGGGAAGCUGAAAAAACCCCAAAAUAACUAGAAACUUCUCCUCAAUAACAGUACUGAUGCUUGUACGUUUGCAUUGAAACACAUUUUUAACAAUAUGAUCCUUUCUAUUGAUACCAUCUGGUGUUAUUGAAGGUUGCGGCACAACCACAUCCACAUUGUCUCAUAAGUGCAGGGACCUGUGAAGAUUAAAGCUUCAUUUGGCAAGAGUUAUAUAUAAAAAAGAAAUUCCUCUUGUAUGACAGAGUGGGGCUGAAAUGUAACAGACAAGCAUACCAAAGUCCUUUUCUGAUGAACUGUACGUUUGUUCUAUUUGUACAAGUAAAAGUCUUUGUGGGUUGUGAUCUGUAAGUGACAAAUCAGAUGAUCAGAUUUAAUGGUAAGAUUAAUGAUAAACUGGACCUAAUGAUUCCCAUGACAGCAGACAGCACAAGGUUAGCUUGCGGUGUCUUCCUUGAAUUAUUUGGCUUUCUUCAGUCAGACAACACCUACCAGCGCCAGGACUUUAUUGCCACCACUAGGGGGGGUGUAGUCAUAGGUAAGCCUUGUACUGUGGUAUGAAAUGUUUGAUUCUACAAAAGCCAAAAAACACAUGGCAUUCUGCUUUUGUGAUUUAUUUGUAUUGUAUCUGUGGUUCCAGAGUACAACAUAAAGGCCACAUGGUAGGUAAAUAAAGCACAGUUCUAGUUUUUUU